AUGGCCGAUGAUCCGGUCCUUGGUACCAUUGAUGGAGCGCCAACACGUCGAGGAUCCGGAAGCGACCCGCCGUUGGGCGUCAUGCCGUUCUUAAACCCUUUCAACUCGCGAAGAAGAUCACACUCCAGGAGACAGCUGGGACGGCUCAAGCACCCCUACUCCAAUGAUCGGAGAUGGAUAUUUCGGGAGAACGGCAAUGUUGAGGUCGCCCUCAUCGCCGCCAUUAACAACCGUCUCGUCACCCAGGUCUGCAUCUACCAGGCAGUCACCACAAUAUGCUCAUUUGACCCCGAUGCCAGGACUAUGCUUUGA